AUGGAUGUGGGUUGGGAGACUGAUACUCUUAUACGUAGUCCUAGAGGAGGUGUUGAGCAGGAACAAUGGGAUGGAAUUCUUUCUCUCAUUCAGGAUCUACAACUGCAGUCGAUUCCUGAUAGGUUGGGUUGGACUAUUGAUGCUUCUGAUAACUUCUCGGUUGCGUCCGCUCGACGAUUCAUUGAUGGUAGCUUACUGUACGCAAGAGGUGAUGUAAUAUGCAAGAAGUACGAGAAAUACGACGUCGACAAGCAAAAGGAUGCCACCAACAAUAUCAAUCGGAACGAUGCAUUCGCCGGACUUUACACCGCCAUUGAAUCCGAUCUGAAUCAAGCUGUGGAGAAAUCGGAGGUUGCUGCGGCGGAAAAGAACAGGGCCACGGCGGUGGCGAUGAACGCCGAGAUUCGACGGACGAAAGUUCGGUUACUCGAAGAAAUUCCCAAAUUACAGCGUUUAGCUUUCAAAAAGGUAAAAGGGCUUUCUAAGGAUGAACUUCAGGCACGAAAUGAAUUGGUCUUAGCACUUAAAGAGAGAAUUGAAAUCGUUCCUGACGGUGUAAAAACCAAAACUCAACCAACAAUCGGUUUGGAAUCAUCAAGUUCAAAUAGAAAAAUCAUAUUUGACACAAUGCAAGAUGAAACGUUUGAUAACAACUACUACCAACAUACUGAUGACACCAAUAAAUUUAGACAAGAAUAUGAAAUGCGAAGAUUGCAACAGGACGAAGGGUUGGAUGUGAUUGCAGAAGGACUUGGUACUCUGAAAAACAUGGCUCAGGACAUGCAAGAGGAAGUUGAUAGACAAGUGCCAUUGAUGGAUGAAAUUGAUGACAAGGUCGAAAGGGCAGCUUCUGAUUUGAGAAACACCAAUGUUAGACUCAAAGAUACAGUAACAAAGUUGAGAUCUAGCAGAAACUUUUGUGUGGAUAUCAUACUCUUAUGUUUAAUUCUUGGGAUCGCCGCAUACCUAUACAAUGUAUUAAAGUGAAUUUUACAAGGUCAAGAUACAAUAUUUGAUGAUUCGGUACUUUUAUUGUUGGGUACGAGAACGACAAAACGCAAAUGCUUUAUAUGUAAUUUUUGGAAGGCAGAAUUUUAUAGAAAGUCAGAAACUGUUAUAGUUUGUGUCUUAUUUUGCUUGAUUUUAUUUAAGA